AUGCACCAGACUAGCGACAUCGUAUCGAUUGAAUUUCCCGAAAAGUACAGCCUACGACCACAGGAUGCAUCUUCAGCUCAAUAUCUUCGCUGGUCCCACGGACAACUACAAUAUGCUGCACGACUCCUGGCAAGCGGCCUUCGCGAUCAAGGCCUGCGAGCAGGUCAACCGAUCGCAACAUACUUGCCCAAUGGCAUGGAAUGGGCUGUCACGUUUCGGGCCGCGUCGAUUCUGCGAUGUCCAUUCGUGCCGCUGAACCCCCGAGGUGUAGCAAAUGUGGCCGAAGUGGAACAUAUGCUGAAGACGUCAGGGGCGAGAGCUAUCAUCGCUGGGGAUGCUGAUAUCGCAGCAAAACUGGCCAGUGCCGUUCCAGAUCUCAUCUCUGCGAUGUCUAUACGCGCAGUUCCACAACAGAAAUCGAACACAGCACUCGAGUCCUGGAUCAACUUCUACGAACUUUUCAAGUCUGGCAAAGAUGCAGAAGACUGGGAUGAGGAUAGGCCGCACGACAGCCCAAUGGACUCUCCAGUCCAGUCGGAAGAUGACGAGGUUGCUGUUAUUGUCUUCACGAGCGGCACGACAUCGUUAGCCAAAGGUGGACUUCAUACCAAUGCUAGUGUCGGAAAUUCUCUUCUGUCGCAGGCUAUGGCACUGAGACUCACUCCAUCCCAUCGAACUUGCUGUCAUAUGCCCAAUCAUCAUAUCGCCGGAAUCAACAUCGCUCUGGGAUUUAUGAUCGUGGGAGGCUGCACUGUCUUCCCUUCUGCGUCCUUCGAUCCAGCAGCGUCUCUUCGAGCUAUUGACCAAGAGCGAUGCACAAAUCUACCUUCCGUCCCUGCAAUCCUUCAGGCAAUUGCCGCACACCCCAGCGCAUCGUCUACCGACACUUCUUCACUGAGGAACAUUGAACUCGGAGCUACCACCAUCCUGCUAGAGCACCGAAGGCUAUGUUGGACAGGCCUAAGAUGCAAGAGCAUGACAAAUUCAUACGCUGCUACGGAAGCUGUGCCUAUCACAACAGCAUUCUUCGAUACUAGGACUGCGGAAGUGGUGUCUGUAGGAUCAGUGGUCGAUGGGGCACGAGUGCGAAUCUGUGCACCGGACACACGCCAACCUGUGCCGAGAGGCGAAGCUGGCGAGAUGCACAUCAGCGGAGCUCACCUCAUUCAAGGCUAUCUUGGUGGCUUCUCUGCAAAGAGCUUCUACGAUGAUGAGCAUGGUAGAUGGUUCAUGACGGGUGAUCAAGGUAUUAUGGCCAACGAUGGCACUGUGACUAUCUCGGGGCGAUACAAGGAUCUCAUCAUCCGAGGAGGUGAGAAUAUCGCUCCUGCUGCGAUCGAGGCUGUCCUGGACGCGAAGCUCAAAAUUCAGGCACAAGUAGUGGGUGUACGAAGUGAAGAAGCCGGCGAAGUUCCAGUGGCCAUCAUCCAGCAGCAGAACGAUAACACUUUGCCAACCGCCGAAAUUCGAAAAAUUCUCGUUGCAGCGUUGGGCCCUGCUUUCGUACCAGAGAACUUCUACAUCUUGCAAGAUCUCGGUCUCAAAGAUUAUCCCCGCACUUCAAGUGGCAAGGUCAGAAAAGUUGAGCUGAAAGAGAUUGUGCAAAAACAUGAAGACUCGCUGGCGGAGGAAGAACCAGCGGCCAAGGUAUCCGGGGUUACCGUCGAUGAUUUGAUCAAACUCUGGCGAAAACUCCUCGGUGUCGAUGUUUCACCUGAAAGCUCUGUCGGGGACUUCGCAGACAGUAUCACGUCUAUGAGGUUUCGCAACAUGGUCAAACGGAAUCUUGGAGUGGACAUCACGAUCGAGGAAAUCAUCGAAGCUGGGACGGUACAGAAACAAGCCGAACUGCUCUCGUCGAGGAGCAACACGAAAUCACUGCCGCCUGGGCUGGAUGUGAAGCGUGAAGGCCCUCCCGACACCGAUGAUGUCGCCAUCACUCUUGGAGAGCCAGCAGUCAUGGCACAGAUCAAAGAACAAGUAGCAGAAGCCAUCACUCCCCUUGGCUUCUCGUGGGAUGAGGAUGUUGAGGACGUUCUCCCAUCUUGGGACCUUGGUUACGAGGUCUUUGGCAACGUAGCAGGGACAGCCAAGGUCAAUCACCGCAUGGCCAUCACGACUAAGCAGGCUGAUGUCGAUGAACUCUACGCUGCGUUGCGCAUAGCGAUUGAUCACCAUGCCAUGCAGCGAAGCUUCGAACUGAAAGGUGCGAAUGGAGAGCCAACAAUGCGAGUAAUCAUGCGAUCGAACGACAAGUGGUUCAAGUAUGCGGUGGGAAAUAUCGAAGCAGUGGACCAACCACAAGACUUGGUCAAGCUGUUGUACGACGGUGUACAUUUCCGCGAAGUCGACCAACCCUAUCCAUCCUUCCUGGUGAAGGUGGCCAAGGUGAACUCUACCGGCAAAUCUGGACUCAUCUGGGCGCUCCAGCAUUCGGCGUUUGACGGUCUCGCACUCUCCAGCUUCCUCGACGACCUCGACGCACUUCUCGCCUCGCCAUCGACACCCCUCCGCGCGCAUGUUCCCUACAAAGCUUGGGCGGAUACCUACUUCCUCCAUCGCACCUCUCCCGCUGCUUCGCGCGCCGUAAACCGACAAAUCCAGCGCCUCUCGAACCUCACAUCGCAGACGCCCUCUCUGUUCCCGCAACUGCCUUCAGACUACAACCCUCAUGCCACAGCCGCCCACCGCAAGACUUACUUCGCCCCUAAGAUCUCCGUCAGCCUGCCAUACCUCUCUUCGCUGCGCAGCCAGCACAGCAUCCCACCCUUCAUCCUAAUCAAAGCCGCCCUCGCCUUCUUCCUCGCCUCCAAAACCAACACAUCCACCGCAAUCUUCAGCCAGAACGAAAAUGGCCGUACCUGGCCCUUCCUCGAACCCUGGAUGCAAACUUCUCUCCCCGACUGCAUGGACCUCGCAGGCCCAACCCUCGAACGCACACUCCAAAUCAUCCCCAUCCCAACAAAAACCUCCUCUUCAAAUAACAAACCGACCGCUGUCCUCCAAUUCCUCAAAUCCCUCAAAUCCAAACAAGACUCCGAAGCCCCCGACGUCCACGCACCCUGGAAUCUCAUCCGCUCCGGCCUCGCUCAAAAGAUCUCCCCUCCAGCACAAGACCUCUUCGAUCUUGCGUCCAUGAGCACUUGUCUGAAUUAUCUCCCCGUCCGAACGAAAGAUGGAGAGCUGUUGUAUGAAGCGAUGGAAUAUCAUCAAACGAAAGCGAAUUGUGAGACGGCGUGGUUGUAUAAUUGUUGGAUUGAGGGCGAUGGUAAAGAGAUGAGGCUUUGGAAUCAGGUACUGGCGGAUGAGGAAGUUGUGACGAGGGAGCAGGCGAGAGAGUGGGCGAGAGAGGUUAUGGAGUGGGCGGAGUGGUUGCAGGAUAAGGAAAACUGGGAGAAGGAUGUUGGGGAGAGGGUGAAAUGAUGAGAGUAUGUUGGGGUUGAAGAUGGAUACUUUUGCUUUCUCUGCACGAUUCCCAGUUUUUUGGUGGAUUUCUUUUUCGGUUGUAUGAGCGACUCCGAACAGAGAUUGACAAUGUUAAUGAAGCAAAUCGCUCGAUGACGGCUGGGUUGCACGCUGGAAUGACAGAGAGAGUCCCCUGGAAUAUUGCGGUAGUUAGCUGCUGCAUUUCUCACACGUCAAUGAGACAUCACGAGCCC